CUAUUCACCAGAGUCCCUUUACAUUUCCACCGUUUUUAACUCUCAGUAACAUGUUAAACACUUUUGUACCACAUUACAACGGAGAGACGGGCACUGAUUAAAUAAGUGUGUUAUCUGCUAUUCAUCGGCUUUAUUUCAGUAACUUAUCGGACGUUUACUGGAGCUAAACUAGUACAAGUAAUACGGAAACAUCUCGGUUAGCUCUGCUAGCUAGCUAACCGGUAAACCGAAGACGGAAGUGCUGGUGUGAUUUCUCUCUCGCUCUGCCUCUGAUGUGGACAGAUUUAAAAUGAGCUGCUGGAGCUCAGAUUAACAUGAGAUUAACAUGAGAUUAACAUGAGAUUAUAUAUAGAUAUUAACAGACUAACUGAGCCCAGCCUGUUACAUUACUGUGGCGACAGACUUUAAGAAGGUUGUACAGCAGUUUGAGAUGAAUCAGUCUGUUUUUAGAGACUCAUCUCACAGGGAGCAAAUCAAAGAGUCCAACUGCCAGCAGGGAGCUAGGCUAGCUGAUGCUACUGCAGCACAGCCUGCUGUCAGGUGUGUGUAACAGGUGUGUCUCAGCUCCUGUCAGGUAGUAGUCUGUUUACCUGCUGUCUCUCUCUGUGAGACAUCAUGCAGGCUAACAGCAGCAUCACCAGACUGUGAUGAAAGCUGCUGAGAGGACAGACAUCCACAUCAAGAGACUUUCCUCCAGGAAGAGAUCCAGAGACAGUCUGAAGACUCACCUGGAGACUCACCUGGAGACUCACCUGGAGACUCACCUGGAGACUCACCUGACACCUGGCAGGAGGAGAGGAAGAGGAUGCUCCACAGACUGGAGGCUCAGCAGCAUCAUGGCUCAGACUCAACCUGUUCAGUACUGCAGUGACAGCGAGGACUUGUUUGGGGACUAUGACUCCAUCCUGGAGGACAGCUCUCUGCUGGCCAAGCUGGACGAUGCAGAACAAACUGAGAGGCAGCGAGACGUCCAGCAAGACGUCCAGCGAGACGUCCAGCGAGACGUCCAGCGAGACGUCCAGCGAGACGUCCAGCGAGACGUCCGGCGUCCAGCCGUGGAUCAGCCCGACUUCACCACCUUGCGGCCCAAACAGUCGUGUGAAGACGUUCUCACAGACUCCAUCUUGGACGGCCUCGGGGACGAACCCUUGGAGGACGUACCGUCCAGCCAGCGUCGGUUUCAGGAGGACGUCCACGAGAACGUGAAGAGGAGCAGACUGCAGGGCGGAGAGAAAGCCUCCACGCCUCUCAGAGACAUGGAGGAUAAGAGCACGACGGCGGCGAGGAGGACGAAGAGGAGGAGCAGCGUGGCGGAGCAGCUGAAGAGGACGAUGCUCUGUAACGCAGCAGCUCCGUCCUCCGUGUCCCGCUCCGUGGUGCUGAAGGAGGCGGUGGUCUCUGAGGAGAUCAGCGUGGCCAUGCGGGCCAUGGAGACGGUGUCCGCCGAGACGCCGGACCUCGGGCCGUUCUUCGGUCUCCCCUCCAGAGUCAAAGAGCUGAUGUUCAGACUGAGAGGAAUCAACUCGUUAUACGACUGGCAGCAGACGUGUCUGAACCUGGACUGUGUCCAGCAGAGGAGGAACCUGAUCUACUCUCUUCCCACCAGCGGAGGGAAGACUCUGGUAGCAGAGAUCCUCGUCCUCAGAGAGCUGCUGUGCCGGAGGAAAGACUGUCUCUUCAUCUUACCGUACAUAUCGCUGGUGCAGGAGAAGGUCCGGGGGUUGGCGAGCCUCGGGCUGGAGCUGGACUUCCUGGUGGAGGAGUACGCCGGCAGUAAAGGCCGGUUUCCUCCCGUCAAGAGAAGAAACAACAGAUCGGUGUACGUGGCUACGAUAGAGAAAGCCCACGGCCUGGUGAACUCUCUCAUAGAGACGGAUCGCAUGGACGACCUCGGCCUGGUGGUGGUGGACGAGCUUCACAUGUUGGGUGACGGCAGCAGAGGAGCUGUGAUUGAAAUGACGCUGUCUAAAGUUCUCUACACGACCAAGACCACUCAGAUAAUCGGGAUGAGUGCCACUCUGGGUAACAUCUCCGACCUGCAGACGUUUCUGAAGGCUGAGAACUACACUGAUGACUUCAGACCUGUGCAGCUGAAGGAGUACGUGAAACUGAAGGACUCGAUCUAUGAAGUGGACCCAAAGGAAGAGGAAUGCUUCAGAUUCUCUCGUCUUCUCAACUUUAAGUACUCCAGCUCCAUGCAGAAGAUGGACCCGGAUCACAUCAUCGCUCUGGUGACUGAAGUCAUCCCGUCUCACUCCUGUCUGGUCUUCUGUCCCACCAAGAAGAACUGUGAGAACGUGGCGGCGAUGAUCUGCAGAUAUCUGACAGAGGACUUCCUGCGUCUGCGGGAGGCGGAGAAGGCCGUCCUCCUCAGGGAGCUGAAGGACAGCGGGAACGGCUCCAUGUGUCCGGUGCUCCGGAGGACGGUGCCGUACGGGUUGGCCUAUCACCACAGCGGGCUGACCUCCGAGGAGAGGAAGCUGGUGGAGGAGGCCUACUCCAACGGCGUCCUCUGUCUCCUCACCUGCACCUCCACCCUGGCUGCAGGGAUCAACCUCCCGGCCCGCAGAGUCAUCCUGCGCUCGCCGUACGUGGGCGUGGACUUCCUGAAGAGGAGUCAGUACAAGCAGAUGGUGGGACGCGCCGGGCGAGCCGGGAUCGACGCCGUGGGGGAGAGCGUCCUCAUCCUGCAGGACAAGGACAGAAACAUGGCUAAAACUCUGGUUUGUGCUCCGAUGGAAACCUGUUACAGCAACCUGUUGCAUGAUGGGAAGGGCCUCCUGAGUCUCCUCCUGUCUCUCAUUGGAUUAAAUAUCACCAUGUCGGUGGACCAGCUGAAGGACUUCCUGUGUGGGACGCUGCUGUUCGUCCAGCAGAGGACGCUGUGUGUGGACAGGACUCUGAUGGAGGAGGUGCAGCAGUGUGUGGACCUCCUGGAGGACAAACGUCUCAUCACUGUGACGGGUCAAAGUCUGCAGGUCACCCAGCUGGGACGAGCUACCUAUAAAGGCUCGGUGGACGUGAGCUACAGUGACGUCCUGUAUAAAGACCUGUCUAAAGGUCUGGAGGGUCUGCUGCUCAACAGCUGUCUCCACCUGGUCUACCUGGUGACCCCCUACGACCUGGUCUCCCAGUGUAAGCCUGACUGGAUGCUGUUCUUCAGACAGUUCACUCUGCUGUCGGCUGCUGAGCAGAAGAUGUCUGCAGCCGUCGGCGUGCCGGAGAGCUUCGUCGCUAGAAAAGCUGCCGGACAGACGGUGAGGAAGAGUGUGAACAUGGAGGUGGUGUUGUUGGUGUUUCAGAGCGUGAACAUGGAGGUGGUGAGGAGGAUGUACCUGUCUCUGGUGCUCUUCUCCCUGCUGAAGGAGACCAACCUGUGGAGCGUCGCUGAGCGUUUCCAGCUGAGUCGAGGCUUCAUCCAGAGUCUGCUCAGCUCCUCUUCAGCCUUCUGCUGCUGCGUGCUGCACUUCACCCAGGAGCUGGAGGAGUUCUGGCCGUUCAGAGCUCUGCUGACGGAGCUGACCCGGAGGCUGAGCUACUGUGUGACGACUGAACUCAUCCCUCUGAUGGAGGUGGCUGGAGUCAUGGAGUCCAGAGCCAAACAGCUGUAUAACGCUGGCUAUAAAACGCUGACUCACCUGGCCAACGCUGACCCGGCGGUUCUCUCCACCACCAUCGAAAACCUCUACAAGAACCGAGCCAAUCAGAUCGUGGCCUCGGCUAAAAUGUUGCUGAAUGAACGAGCUGCAGCUCUCCAGGAGGAAGUAGACGAGCUGCUGAUGAAGCCUUCAGAUCUUCCCUCCUGACUUGCUGAUCUCAGAGGAGUUCUAUUCUCUGUUUGUUUUUAUUGAAAUACACUUAUUAAAAUAAAUAAUGUCCCAGACUGUA